CCGUCAAAAAUUUUAUAACGUUCGCUGAGGUUCUUGGAGUUGUGUAGAUUUUUAUUUACAUUUUAUUAUUAGAUUUUAUAUGUUCUUGGGCCGUGUUUAGUGAAUGUUUUUAAAAAAAUGUUUAUAAAAACCAUCGUUUUAGAUGGUUUCAAGUCGUAUGGACAAAGGACUGAAAUAACUGGAUUUGACGAACAAUUCAAUGCUAUUACAGGUUUGAAUGGCAGUGGUAAAUCAAAUAUCCUCGAUUCAAUCUGCUUCGUUUUGGGAAUCUCAAAUUUAAGCCAUGUUAGAGCAGGAAGUUUGCAAGAUCUUAUAUACAAGAGUGGACAAGCAGGAGUUAAUAAGGCAACAGUUUCUAUAACUUUUGAUAAUAGAAAUCCAGCUCAAUGCCCCCCUGGGUUUGAAAACUUUCAAGAAAUUACAAUUACAAGACAAAUUGUUAUGGGAGGGAAAAAUAAAUACAUGAUAAAUGGUACAAAUGUGCCUAAUAAAAAAGUACAAGAUCUUUUUUGUUCUAUACAAUUAAAUGUAAAUAAUCCUCAUUUUUUAAUUAUGCAAGGAAAAGUAACGAAGGUGUUGAAUAUGAAGGCUCCCGAGAUACUAGCUAUGGUGGAAGAAGCAGCUGGUACAAGGAUGUAUGAAGUAAAAAGACAAGCAGCACAAAAAACAAUUGAUAAAAAAGAUGCCAAACUUUUAGAAUUUCACACGAUAUUUACAGAAGAAAUAUCCCCAAAAUUGGAAAAAUUGCGUGAGGAAAGAGCAGAAUAUUUGGAAUAUCAACGUGUCAACAGAGAAUUAGAACACAUGCUUGGAUUAUAUGAAGUUUGGCAAUUUAUUCAAUCAAAGCAAACUGUAGCCAAUGCUAAAAACGAAUUAGAAUCUGUACAAGAACGUAUUAAAAAUAUGGAAAAUAAUAUUGAGAACAACAAGCAAUUAAUUAUACAGCUAGAACAGGAUAUGAAGGAACUUGCUAGUAAUUCUGAAUCUGUAUGUACUUAUCUUGAUUUAAUUCAUUCAGUAACUAGACUGAAAAACGGGGAAAAAGUUGCUUCAUUCUGGAUUUUUUUUGUUUUAAGGUACAACCACAUGGGAUCUUUAUAA